AUGGAUGCCGAUACGCUGGACUUUGGAGAUUCCCCAUUAUCAGGUCUGACCCCAGGCAACGGUAUGGACGAUGAUGAAGAUACGCACACCCAGAACGGAAACAACACUGCCGCCCCGUCCGAGAGCGCCGGAGCCGGAGGAGCUGGCGGGGCUGACGCCAGCAAGGGCUCGCCAACUGACACCGCCGCGCCCGAGGAAGAAGACUCCGUGAUGCAAGGAACUGACGAGGGCAGCGCUGACUCCAAGAAGAACGGCGACUCGCCUGCAAAGAACGGCGGGGAGGGCGAGGGGGCUGCGGGUGAAGGGUCUUCGGCCGCUGCUAACGCGCCGGCUUCGCCUGCGUCGGAGAAAAAAAAGUUGGAGGAUGCGGCGAAGGGGUAUUUGGUUGAGCAGACGCAUAUGGUCGUGGUGCCGUCAUACUCAAAGUGGUUUGAUAUUAACAAUAUCAAAGAUAUCGAGCAGAGGGCGUUGCCCGAGUUCUUUAAUAACCGUAACAGGAGCAAGACAUCGCUCGUGUAUAAGGAUUAUCGCGACUUUAUGAUUAAUACUUACCGCUUGAACCCGUCUGAAUAUCUCACAGUCACGGCGUGUCGCAGGAACUUGGCAGGUGAUGUCUGCUCGAUCAUGCGCGUCCAUGCAUUCUUGGAGCAGUGGGGACUCAUCAACUACCAGAUUGACCCUGAAACAAGACCAUCAAACAUUGGUCCCCCAUUUACUGGUCACUUCAGGAUAACUGCGGAUACCCCACGUGGUCUGCAGCCCUUCCAGCCCGCCCCUGGCGCUAUCACUACGCCCGGAAAGCCGCACCCGACAACCGAGCGCGCCUCCAGCGCUGGCCCCUCUAAGGCUGAGCUUAACCUGGAGAUCCGCAAAAACGUCUAUGAUGCCUCCGGAAACCGUGUGGGUGGUACUCAGGCCAAUGGCACCUCCGGUGACUCUGAGGACGAGUCCGGAAAGAAGCUGUACAACUGCUACUCCUGCGGUGUUGACUGCACCCGCGUGCGCUAUCAUUCUGCCCGCAGCGCGCGAUCUCAGAAGCAGAUUGAGCUCUGCCCCAACUGCUUCCUUGAGGGUCGCUUCCCCGCUACUAGCAGCAACACGGACUUCGUCCGCAUGGAGGAUCCUUCUCACUCUACUACUGAGAAGGACGCGCCAUGGACUGACCAAGAGACCCUCCUGCUGCUCGAGGGAUUGGAGCUCUACAAUGAGGACUGGAAUCAAAUUGCAGACCAUGUCGGAACUAGGACUAGGGAGCAGUGUGUAGUCCGCUUCCUCCAGCUUCCCAUUGAGGAUAACUACCUCGAGGAGAAGCCGGAGCAGCUUGGACCCCUGCAGUACAACCGCACCCCGUUCUCUCAGGCCGACAACCCAGUCAUGAGCGUCGUCGCCUUCCUGGCCAGUAUCGUCGACCCCAAGGUCGCCGCCGCUGCCGCAAAGUCGUCGAUUAGGGAAAUGACCAAAUCCCUGAACGACCAGAUCCAAGGCAACAAGGCCGCUCUCGCCAAAGAGGACUCCAAGCAAGCCGCGUCCGAGACUGCCGGCGAGAAGGAAACCUCCGCUACCAAUUCCCCCAAGGCGGUGGCCGAAUCCUCGGCGGCGGGGGCCUCAAAAUCCACCGACGUCAAGUCCGAAGGCACCGCAGUUGACGAGACCAUGGACCAACCCCGAGAUCGACCCCACCGACACCCCGAGAACAUCGUCACCAAGGUGGCCUCGAUCGCACUGGGCACCUCCGCCGCGCGCGCGCACGCCCUCGCGUCGAACGAGGAGCGCGAGAUGACGCGCCUCGUCAACGCAGUCGUCAACUGCUCGCUCCGCAAGCUCGAGCUCAAGCUCACACAGUUCAACGAGCUGGAGCAGGUGCUCCAGGCCGAGCGCCGCGAGAUUGAGAAGGGCCGCCAGCAGCUGUUCCUCGACCGCCUCGCGAUGAAGAAGCAGUGCGUCGUCGUGCAGGACACGCUCAAGAGAGCGCUUGCCGUCGGUGGUGCGGAGGGGUACCAGUUGGCCGGGCAGGCGGCGCAGAUGGGCGGGCAGGGGCCGAAGUUGGCGUUUGAGGGGCAGCAGCAGGGCGCUAUCCCUAAUGCUGGGAUGAGGCCUGUCAGUUUAGAGAAUCCGGGUGGCUAUGUUGGGUAUGAGGCAUAG